AUGUAUCCAUCCGUUGGAGGCCUGCGAUACAAGGCUGUCACGAAGGGUAUAGGCCUGGUGGGCGUGAUCUGCUUAGUGAUCCUACUCAUCUUUGGCCUUCCCCACAGACAACCCGGCGCGAACCUCAACCUCCCACUACGCAUACUACCACUUGGCGACGCAACAACAUGGGGCUGGCAACCAAACCAAGAGAAUGGAACAGACGGAUAUCGCGCGCGACUGCUACGUGAGCUCGUACGUGCGCGCUACCACUCGGUUGACUUUGUUGGCACACAGCACUCUGGGUUCAUGGACAACAAUGACAAUGAGGGGCAUGAGGGGCAUACAAUUAGCCAGCUGCAGGGCGUAAUGAGAGCUGGGCUACAAAUGCGACCAAACUUGGUGCUGCUACACGUUGGCACGAAUGAUCUGGCUCGCCCUGAAAGUACGGCAGAAAGAUGGUCUGAUGCGCCGAAUCGAUUGGCAAGUUUACUGGAUGAUGUGCUGGAUGUAUGCCCGGAUGCCGUUGUGCUUGUUGCAAAGAUCAUACAGGCAGAGAAGAUGCAGACCAGGGCAAAUAUCGAGGCCUUCAACGAUGCAGUGCCUAUGGUGGUGAGGAAGAAGCUUGAACAGGGCUUCAAGCUCGCGAUCGUCGAUCACAGCAUCAUCGGGCCUAGCGAGUUGGUUGAUGGGUUGCAUCCGUCGUACGCUGGGUAUUUUCACAUGGGGGAGAUCUGGCUGGAGGCUAUCAAGACCAUCAGUGCUAAAGGGCUAAUAACAGCGCCUAUUGCGGUACAGUACCACACAUGA